CUGUCUGUCAUCAUUCGGUCAGUAUGGAGCUCCCUCAACUUCCUCUUGUGCUCUUGCUGAUUUCAAACAUCCACUCUGGACAAACUGAAGAAAGACCAAAAGCCAAAGUGAGCAUUAAACCUGAUCAACAUGUAUUCAGAGGAGAGACAGUCACUCUCAGAUGUGACAUUGAUGGUGAAGGAGUCACUAGCUGGAAGUACAGCUGGUAUAAAGACGGUUCAGACAGUGUUUUCAGUGAACUACAGGAACACACAUUCAGUUCUGUUACUGAGUCUGAUGCAGGUAAAUACUCCUGUUAUGGAGCAGAGAGAGGAGGAUCACGAACAUCACACAUCAGUGAUGAAGUUACACUGACAGUAUCAGGUGAGUUUGAUCAUCUCUUCAUAAACACACACAAGUUUAACAUGUUAUUAAUGAGUGAUUUCUGUAUUUCAGAUAAAACCAGACCAGUUUUAAGUGUUUCUCCACAGAAGUGGUUGACUGAAGGAGAUCCAGUGACUCUGAUCUGUGAGGUUGAACUCUCCUCUACAGGCUGGACAUUCAACUGGUUCACUGUAACUGUUUCAUCAGAUUACAGAAAUCGUUAUCAGCUUCUCUCAGACAGCAGCAGAGGAGCUGGAGGAAACUACACGGUCAGUUCUGCUGCUCUAAAUCACACAGGAGUUUAUGUGUGCAUCACAGAGAGAGGAAAACUAGCCUAUUACACAUGGUACAGCAACAAACAACUACUAUGGGUCACUGGUGUUUCUCCUCCAGUCUCUCUGAUCAUCAGUCCCAACAGAACUCAACACUUCACAUCUGUCUCUCUCUCUCUGAGCUGUGAGGACCAGAGUAACUCUGAUAGAUGGAGAGUGAGAAGAUACACAGACAAUGGGUGGCUGGAAGAUUGUUCAUCAUCUCUGUGGGGAUCACAGACAGGAUCUACAUGUACAAUCAACUCCACCAGCACAUCAGACACUGGAGUGUACUGGUGUCAGACUGAAUCUGGAGAGAUCAGUCAUCCUGUUAAUAUCACUGUACACUUUGGUGUGAUUCUGGAGAGUCCUGUUCAUCCUGUGACUGAAGGAGAUUCUCUGACUCUACGCUGUUUAUAUCCAUAUACAACUCCACCAAUCCUCAGAGCUGAUUUCUAUAAAGAUGGAUCACUCAUCCAGAGUCAAACUACAGAGAUGAUCAUCUCUACUGUCUCAAAGUCACAUGAGGGUUUCUACUACUGCAAACACCCAGAGAGAGGAGAGUCACCCAAGAGCUGGAUCUCAGUCACAGAAAGACCAAAAGCCAAAGUGAGCAUUAAACCUGAUCAACAUGUAUUCAGAGGAGAGACAGUCACUCUCAGAUGUGACAUUGAUGGUGAAGGAGUCACUAGCUGGAAGUACAGCUGGUAUAAAGACGGUUCAGACAGUGUUUUCAGUGAACUACAGGAACACACAUUCAGUUCUGUUACUGAGUCUGACGCAGGUAAAUAUUCCUGUUAUGGAGCAGAGAGAGGAGGAUCACGAACAUCACACAUCAGUGAUGAAGUUACAAUGACAGUGUCAGAUAAAGCAAAGACAGUUUUAAGUGUUUCUCCACGGAAGUGGUUGACUGAAGGAGAUCCAGUGACUCUGAUCUGUGAGGUUAACGGCUCCUCUACAGGCUGGACAUUCAGCUGGUACACUGAAUAUAUUUCAGACUACAGAAGUCAUAAUUAUAAGCUGCUCUCAGACAGCAGCAGAGGAGCUGGAGGAAACUACACGGUCAGUUCUGCUGCUCUAAAUCACACAGGAGUUUAUGUGUGCAGAGCAAAGAGAGGGAAACUAGCCUAUAGCACAUGGUAUAGCAACACACAGUUAAUAUGGGUCACUGGUGUUUCUCCUCCAGUCUCUCUGAUCAUCAGUCCCAGCAGAACUCAACACUUCACAUCUGUCUCUCUCUCUCUGACCUGUGAGGACCAGAGUAACUCUGAUAGAUGGAGAGUGAGAAGAUACUCAGACAGAUUUGGGCUGUUUGAUUGUUCAUCACGCUGGGGAUCACAAAAAGGAUCUACAUGUACAAUCAGCUACACUGUCCCACCAUACACUGGAGUGUACUGGUGUCAGUCUCAAUCUGGAGAGAUCAGUCAUCCUGUGAAUAUCACUAUCCAACAGGAUAUGAUUCUGGAGAGUCCUGUUCAUCCUGUGACUGAAGGAGAUUCUCUGACUCUACGCUGUUUAUAUGAACAUUCAACUCCACCAAUCCUCAGAGCUGAUUUCUAUAAAGAUGGAUCACUCAUCCAGAAUCAAACUACAGAGAUGAUCAUCUCUACUGUCUCAAAGUCACAUGAGGGUUUCUACUACUGCAAACACCCAGAGAGAGGAGAGUCACCCAAGAGCUGGAUCUCAGUCAGAGCUUCCUCCAGAUCAUCAAGACCUGAUGGUUUCAAUCCCAUGAGAAUUGGAGUUACCGCAGGACUAACUGUGACAUUUUUUAUCAUUAUCAUCUUGGUCCUGCUGUGGCGCUACAGAAAGAACAAAGGUGGAUGGUCUACCUCUAGGGUCAGUCAUCAGAAGAACAGCAGUAAGACAUCAGAGCAGAACCAGAGUGAAGAAGGAAACACCACACUGCUGUCUGUCAGUGUAAAUGUACCUACUGAACUCACCUAUGCUGAUUGUGAAAUGAAGUCCAUAAAGAAGCAGAAAAAAAUCAAAGGAUACAAAGGCAAAACCACUGCGAGUUCAGACAUUAUGUACACAGGAUUGUAGAUGGAAACACAAGGUGAAUGUCGCACUUUAGGAAAGUGAAGGAAAUACAGAAACUGUAGAAAUACAGUAAAUCUACAACUAUUUCUGUAAAUCUAAGAAUGAAAAAAAAGUGCAUAAACAUUUGUUCAUAUACAUUCCUGUGCUGUUACUGGAUCUAGCGAUUUGAUGUACAGUAUGUGCUCAGGUGUUGAUGAAUUCACGCUGAAGAGGUGGAGACCAGAAACGUCAGUGCUGUACUAUCUUUGAAAUACUGAACAGAGCACUUGAUUCACCAGUACUUUAUAUUAGUGAUGGAAGCCCUUGUGUGCCCUUAUAUCAUUUGAUAAUUUAGUGGGACUUUCAUUCUGACAGUUGAGUGUGGCUUUGCUUUUUGCCAAGUUUUCUCUGUCUUCUUGAUAUCACUUGUAUUUGUUGCAGGUCCCUUGAAAACCUGGAAAUAGUCUUUAAGAGUCAUCUUUAAAAGAAAAAGUGUACAGUAAAUAUUUGUUUUGUUUUUUUUUAUUCAAAAAAAUGUUCACACACAUAUAUAUAUAUAUAUAAAUACAUAAUUAUUAUAGUAAUGAAUAGUCUUCAUUUUUAUUAUCAUUAUUAUAUUAGUAGCUGUUUCAGUUAUUUCAGUCUGGUUAUUAUUCAUUAUUAAAUCAUGUAAUCAUGGCUUCAUGACCUGGCAGCUUUUUAAAACUAUUCUUCCACUGGAUUGAGCCUUAAUCUGCAACAAAGCCCUAUCAUGUUUGACUGAUCUUUCCCACCGGGUAACAACUGCUAUCUGCAGAAACGUACUGAUCUAAACUCCUGUUGCUCUUGAACUCUUCAAUGUAAACUUUACUUUUAGUUGUGUGUCAGUAUAUUUGUAUAAAAUUGUAAAAUUGUCGUUGUUGUUGUCAAAUCUACAUUUCAUUUGUUUCAACCCCAUGAAAAUGAAGAGACUGUAGGAGUGACACAUUUUUAUUCAUUGUCUUCUUGGUCCUGCUGUGGCGCUACAGGAACAACAAAGAUUCAACAUCUGCCAUAUUAAAAUUCAAUAACAUGUUUGCAGA